GUGAGGAAGACUUGGUUUGCGGAACCGGGCAACCUGAGCUGCGUUUUGUGGCUCACGCCCGGGCUCACUCGGCGGCGGAAAGGGUUGCAGGAGCAGUGGGCCAAGGGGUUGGCUUGGGGUGCAGGGAGGGCGGCAGGUCCCGGGCCGGGGGUGCCGGGCGGGGUAGGAGAGCGGGGCGCGAGGCGGCGCCGGGUGCCCGGGGACAUGGCGCGGCCGGACGAUGAGGAGGGGACGGCGGUGGCGGCCGCGCACCCGCCCACGAAAGGAUACCUCCUGGUCCCGGGGGACGCGCCCGCCGGGAAGGUGAACGCGGAGCCGCAGAACGGGCCCAAAGCCGGCUUCCUGGCCCUGAAUGGGGUCCCUCCGGACAGCCCCGCGGCCGCCUUGGGAGCCCUGGGCAGGCCACAGUCUCCGCUGGCCCCGGAGGAGGAGACCCAGGUCCGGCUGCUGCCCAAGGGCCCCGGGGAGGAGACCCCGUGCGCCGAGGACCCCCGGAUGUCGCGGACGGCGCUGUCGCCGCGGCGCUUUGUGGUGCUCCUGAUCUUCAGCCUGUACUCGCUGGUGAACGCCUUUCAGUGGAUCCAGUACAGCAUCAUCAGCAACGUCUUCGAGGGUUUCUACGGCGUCUCCUCGCUGCACGUCGACUGGCUGUCCAUGGUGUACAUGCUGGCCUAUGUGCCCCUCAUCUUCCCGGCCACCUGGCUACUGGACACCAGAGGCCUGCGGCUCACCGCCCUGCUGGGCUCCGGCCUCAACUGCCUGGGCGCCUGGGUCAAGUGCGGCAGUGUGCAGCAGCAUCUCUUCUGGGUCACCAUGCUGGGUCAGUGCCUGUGCUCCGUGGCCCAGGUGUUCAUCCUGGGCUUACCCUCUCGCAUCGCCUCAGUGUGGUUUGGGCCCAAGGAGGUGUCCACAGCUUGUGCCACCGCCGUGCUAGGCAAUCAGCUUGGAACUGCAGUUGGCUUUUUGCUACCACCUGUUUUAGUGCCCAACACACAGAAUAACACAGAUCUUCUGGCUUGUAAUAUCAGUACCAUGUUUUAUGGAACGUCAGCUGUUGCCACACUUUUAUUUAUUUUGGCAGUAAUUGCAUUCAAAGAAAAACCUCAGUAUCCACCAAGUCAGGCUCAAGCAGCAAUCCAAGACAGUUCCCCUGAAGAGUACUCCUAUGAGAAAUCAAUAAGGAACCUAUUUAAAAACAUUCCUUUUGUCCUUCUAUUGAUUACUUACGGUAUCAUGACUGGAGCAUUUUAUUCAGUCUCAACAUUAUUAAAUCAAAUGAUACUGACGUAUUAUAAGGGAGAAGAAGUGAAUGCUGGAAGGAUUGGCCUAACACUGGUAGUGGCUGGAAUGGUGGGCUCUAUUCUUUGUGGCUUAUGGCUGGAUUAUACCAAAACAUACAAACAGACCACUCUGAUAGUUUACAUUUUGUCUUUUGUUGGAAUGGUUAUAUUUACUUUCACAUUGGACCUUGGAUACAUUAUCAUCGUGUUUAUUACUGGAGGGGUGCUUGGUUUCUUCAUGACUGGUUACCUUCCCUUGGGUUUUGAAUUUGCAGUUGAAAUCACUUACCCUGAAUCUGAAGGUACUUCCUCUGGUCUCCUUAAUGCUGCCGCGCAGAUAUUUGGAAUUUUGUUCACAUUGGCUCAAGGAAUGCUCACAUCAAACUAUAGUCCUAAGGCAGGGAACAUUUUCCUCUGUGUUUGGAUGUUUGUAGGCAUCGUUUUAACAGCAUUAAUCAAGUCUGAUUUGAGAAGACACAAUAUAAAUAUAGGAAUUACAAAUGGUGAUAUUAAAGCUGUACCAGUUGAUAGUCCUGCAGAUCAAGAAGCAAAAGCUAUUAUAAUGUCCAAGCAGGCAGAAUCAGCAAUUUGAGGUGAAAGGAAAAGUUGAUGUCGUGUGAUAAUUGAGCAGUAAGGCUUGGUUUAUAGAUUAUGGGGUAUGGAUACUUAGUUGAAAAUUAUCACAUGACUCCUAAACUUUAUUACUGUUUUGCUUAAUUGUUAAUUUAAGCAAUAUUUUGCUAAAAUUACUUUUGCUUACAUCAUUUUAACACUACCGUUUUUCUAAUGAAGAUCCCAUUUUUAGUCUUAAAUUGUCAAUCUGAAAGUAAGCUUCUUGACAUUUAUUUUUCAAAAGUAAAUAUUUUUCUUUUUUGUAGAAAAUGGAGGCUUAGGAGGCUUUAAAAUAAUAUUGAGGUUUAAUCCCUGUAAGUUACAUAAGAGUAUGUGUGGUUUCUCUAUGAAAAUAUCCAGUGGAACCAAGUAUACGAUAUGUUCCUGAUUGGCCCUCUCUCCGUCGUUCCUGCCAGCUGUCCCAGCCCCUCAGCGUGCCGGCAUGACACCUAACCCCCCAGAGGACGGUGUUGGGGUGAGACCUCCAGAUGACCUCUGAGAUUUUUCCCAUUUCUUAUAUUCUUGUUACAAAGUGCUUUGUAACAGAUGGUGUCAAUGGCUAUAAAAGCUGUGUACAGGCUGAACCCAUGACUUUGGUCUUAGACUUACGUUCUAUUUAAGCUAAGGAGCCCAGGCACAGGCUUAUCUUGAAUUUUUCUCUGUGCUGCCUUCCUAUCAUGGUAUAAAUGCUACCACUCUAUUUUUUCACUCCAACUUGAAAUAGAGUAGUUUUGUACCCAUUGCCUUUUUUACUCUCUCAUUUUUUUCAAUAUAGAACUUUCUAGUAAGAAAAUGCCAUCUUAUAUGUUACUGGCUUUUUCAUGAUUUUUUGUAUUACACCUUAUACUUUUGCCUUGAAGUUUCCGAGAUAAGGAAAUCUAUAAUAACUUCAGAUAGCCUAGGUUUCCAUUUAAUGGAAACCUCUUGAAAUGCUCUCUAUUCUAGUUCUCAGUAUCAUUUUUUGUGACCAUUCUCUUCUGAGGAAUACUGUGCCCAGGUACGUGCUCCCUCAGCGUCGGGGGAGUGUAUCUUCACCAUAGAGUGUACACAGUCUCCGUACUGUUGGAACAGUCUGCUCUUUCACAUGCUCAGGGUAAGGAGAGUAGGACCAAAUGUGUUUCCACAGUGCCUACCACUGCGUUUCAUUUACAGUGAGAAUUUAAAUGUUCAUGUCCUGACUCUCUAAGCUGAUAGAGAAUAUCUUAUGAGUAAUGACAUUUAAGCACCCAUAAUACUUGUAUUAUGUCCAAGUAAACGAAAAAAAAGCUGUCAGGUAUAUUCUUGCAUACCCUUGAAGUGAAUUAGCAAUUCUGAUUUGGGCAUAGCCUAUGUCUUGCUUUAUAUUCAAGCUAUAACAUUCUCUGUGAUCAAACAACGGUAAAUUUUGUAGAGUCUCACCCUGGAGAAUGUGUUACCAGAAGUUAGCUGGGACUCAGGACCUCCGGGGCCAUGUCCUGGGUCUGUUUCUCACUGUCCCUGUAACUCUCCGGGCAGCAUUUCCUCAUCCAUAUAAUGAAUGUGAUCAAUUUAAUCUCAAAGGUCUUUUGUGAAUCUUAAAUGCUUUCAUCGUAGGGUAGAUCAGAUCAUUGUAGCAUAAGAACUUAAAUCUAGCUAGAGAAAAAUUCCCUGGACAAAUGGAUACACAACAGUGAUUGUUUCUUUCUACAUACAGGGAAUUUAAAAUCUGACUUUUUAGCCUUUUUAUUCAGUUGGUGAUCACUCAGGCAGAAUAUGCUGAAUCAUUAACUUCCUUAUUUAUUUACUUCACUGGUUUUAUGGCCGAAAAUAUAUUUUAAGGCCCCUUCUCUAAGUAACUGUUUUUAUUUUUAAACUGUGAAUGUUUAAAAUAAUCAUGUAUUUGUUGAGUUCCUGAGGUUUUGAACACAUUACAGAUAAAAGUUGGAAUGCUUUAUUUCUGAAAAGCAUAUACAUAUAUGUCAUGUGUAUUUUUCCUUGUUGAUUAGGAAAAGGAUGAAAUAUGUGAUAAAACAUAAAAUGAACUGAGAAUUUUUCUGUAUUUUGAAUUAAAGUUGACUGUAAUAUGUCAAACAAAAAUGUCUUAUAAUUCUAUGUUGUAUCUUUGGAAAAUGUUGUUGGGUAACCAUAACCUGUGUAACUUUUAAUCAAAUGAUUUUAGAAAGAAACUAGAUAUUUUCAAAAACUGUCACCUUUAUAAAUGUUGCAAAUAUAGCUUUUCCUUCUUCUUCUUCUUCUUUUUUUUGGGGGGGUGAGGAAGAUUGGCCCUGAGCUGACAUCUGUUGCUAAUCUUCCUC